AUGCAGAGCCGCAGCGGCGGCGCCAUGGAGUGCGGCGUGGCGGCGGCGGGCUUUGGCGGGCGUGCACCGCCCGCGCCCCCCGCGCACCCCCCGCACACCGCACGCACCGCGCUCUCGCCUACCGAGCGCUCUCCGGCCAAAGCUGGCCUGCACGUCAACUUCAGCGAUAAGGGCGAGGUGAAAGAACGACGAGAGAAAUUCCUGACGGCGAAAUAUGGCAGUCACCAGAUGGCGCUGAUACGCAAGCGGCUUGCCGUCGAGAUGUGGCUCUACGACGAGUUGCAAAAACUCUACGAUACGCCUGAAAGCAGCGGUGGUGGGGGCGCGGGGGGCGCGGGCAACUCUCAGGAGGUGGAGGUGGACAUCGACGAGCUGCUCGACAUGGACAGCGACGAGAUCCGCCGCAGGCACCUUACGACGCUCCUGGUCGACGCCAAAAAGCCACAGAAGGAUGUACAUAAAUUCAUCAACGAUUUGCUAGAAAAGGCGAAAACUUUGUAA